ACAAGUGCCCCGCAAAGCCCAUUCAUAAUUGAAGUUAUUAUAUUUUAUUACAGUGAUAAUAUAUAAAACAAGGAGAUCAUUAUCUUUAAUCCAGCGGUGGCAUUUGAGUGUGACAGUGGAAAAAGCUGCAUGUUCUGCUUUCUUGGCUUCCUCUCUAUCUCAUCAAAUUCCAAAUAAGGCGUUGCUCGUUCCACUCUCUUCAUAUUUUCAAUUUUCUUUCAUCAAGAUCAAGUUUUGAAUUUCAGAAAUGACUGUUAUAGGGAGGAGAGGAAUUCAUUAUUUGCAGAAACUAAAAGCAGCGAAUAUACCUGCCGAGUUGAUAGAAAAAGGCCAGAAUCGUGUAAUCGAUGCUUCUCUUACUCUUAUACGGGAGAGAGCAAAGCUUAAGGGAGAGCUUGUGCGUGCUCUAGGAGGUGCUAAAGCAUCAUCCUCUCUUCUAGGAGUACCUCUAGGGCAUAAUUCAUCAUUUCUUCAAGGCCCUGCUUUUGCUCCUCCUCGAAUUAGAGAAGCUAUAUGGUGUGGUAGCACUAAUUCAACUACUGAAGAAGGGAAAGAACUAAAUGACCCAAGGGUGCUCACUGAUGUUGGUGAUGUCCCUGUCCAAGAAAUUCGAGAUUGUAGUGUAGAUGAUGAUAGGCUGAUGAACGUUAUCAGCGAGUCUGUCAAGUUGGUGAUGGAAGAGGAUCCAUUGCGUCCAUUAGUUUUAGGUGGUGAUCAUUCAAUAUCUUUUCCUGUAGUACGAGCUGUUUCUGAGAAGCUUGGUGGACCUGUGGAUAUUCUCCAUCUGGAUGCUCAUCCUGACAUCUAUCAUGCUUUUGAAGGAAAUAAAUAUUCUCAUGCCUCUUCAUUUGCCCGAAUAAUGGAAGGUGGUUAUGCACGGCGUCUCUUGCAAGUGGGUAUCCGAUCAAUAACCAAAGAAGGACGUGAGCAGGGCAAAAAGUAUGGAGUGGAGCAAUUUGAAAUGCGAACCUUCUCAAGAGAUCGCCAGUUCUUGGAAAAUCUGAAAUUAGGAGAAGGCGUCAAGGGGGUGUAUAUCUCGAUAGAUGUGGACUGUCUUGACCCUGCCUUUGCUCCUGGUGUAUCUCACAUUGAGCCUGGUGGUCUCUCUUUCCGUGAUGUUCUCAACAUCCUCCACAACCUUCAAGCUGACGUUGUUGCAGCUGAUGUGGUUGAAUUCAAUCCACAGCGUGACACCGUUGACGGUAUGACUGCAAUGGUUGCUGCCAAGCUGGUGAGAGAACUGACUGCAAAGAUAUCAAAAUGAUAAUCCUCUCCCUUCUAGUAUACACUUUUCAAAUCUAUGGUUCUUUGUUGCACCUUGAAAGAUCACAGUUCCUGGCUACCAGCAAGCAUAGUUUUUCAUGACUCUGUGAAGAGGGCUUCUCUCAAGGAAUUAAUGAUUAUUUAUCUUCAUGUCAGUCAUUGAUCACCUUUACUGUAACACUGUAUUUUCUCUGCUUUGACCAAAAAGAAGAAAAGUAGUAUCAAGGCCAAUAAUGCUGUUCAUUGCUUGGUGGAUACAUUACUGUACCUCAUCAGCCCAAAAAUGAGACAGAAUUAUUACAAAGUUUGAAAUUCUUGUAUCAUUUAGCUUCAUCUUCAUUUAAUAAGCAUCUUGCAGCCAGCAUUUUUAUCAA